AUGUACUCCUCAAACCUCGUCCGCCUCCUCGUGGUGGUGGUAUCGGUGCUCCUGGUGGCUCAGGCUUCCUGGCUCGAAGGAAACCGCUUCGCCGUCCGAUCCGUCGCUCGCAGACAAAUUGGCGACAUUGUUGGCGGCGCUUCCCCCACCGGUGGGAGCUCCAAGACUCCAGCUAGUACCACGCCGCCGGCUACGUCCUCGAGCAGCUCGUCCUCCUCUUCGAGUACGUCGUCAUCGAGCUCCUCGUCAUCAUCAUCGUCUCCGUCGGCCCGGACGUCGGAGACGCCCAUUUUGACCCCGUCGUCGACUCCGGCCCGGACGACAUCAUCCAGCAGCUCGUCUAGUGAGACUCCCGUCGUACUGCCGACCACAUCUUCCUCGCCGUCGCCUACUCCGACCCACAGCAGCGAGGAUGUACCCCCCAGCUCGACCCCGACCCCGGUGGUUUCGACGAGCAUCGAGGUCGUCACCAAGACCAACAGCGACGGAUCGAAGACGACGGCGUCGUCCACCAAGCUUACCACGUCCACUCCGGGCCUCAACUCGAGCGAUUCUGGCCAGACCUCGGGCAUGUCGACUAAGACUCGCAACACCGUGAUUGGCGUCGUCGUCGGCGUGGGAGGCGCCAUCGUGCUCGGCGCCCUCGGCCUGGUCGCGUGGAGGGUAUGGGGACGCAAGAAGCAGAACGAGGAGGCCGACGGGCUCAUGGACUAUAACAUGAACCUCGCCCAGCAGGAGAAGCCUGAGCACGGAGGCUCCCCGCCCCCUCAGCGAACCACCCCCUUCCAGUCGACGCUGGAGAACUAUCACCAGCCAACCCAUGUCAACGCCUCUUCCAACUUCUGA